AUGCCACGGCCUGAGUACAUUAUCGAGCAUAUGGAAGAAGAUGAACCGGAUGCGCCGGCUCAUUUUCCGCCAUGGGCGCUGCUUGAGUACCGUCACAUGCUCUACCAUGUAGGCGAAGGCUCUACGGUGCAUUUCACUGCGCUUUCCCAGGCAUCGCUGGGCGCAUUGCAAGAAGCGUUUUCGCAACCUCUGCAUCCACUGACCAAGCCUGCCAAGUUUGAGCUCCAUGCCGAGUCUGUGACUACGUUAGCGAAGGAACGCAACUGGGACAUGAACCGAAUUUGUCUGCUCGACCCCAAGGCACCGCUGCCUCUCUCUGUGUGUGAUGCUGGGCUGCACGCCUCUUCGGCCCAGGCUUCGCACGAGUCCGCUCAGACCUUUACGCACUUUUUGUUCGGCGGAAUCCUUGGUGAUGACCCACCUCGUGACCGUACAUCGUCUCUCCGUGAAUUGGGCUUCCCAGGCCGUCAUCUUGGCAGUGUGCAGAUGUCGACCGAUACCGCGCUGGGUGUUACGAAGCGUGUGGUGGAAGAUGGUUUGCGAUUGGGGUUGAAGGAAUUGGACGGUCAAACGGGGGCCGAUAAGGCAGAAGAUGGUGUCGGUGCGCUAUCGUUUGUCGAUAGUCCUACCCUAGACUUUGGUCGUGGCGAGUCGGUCGAGCUGCCGUAUCGCUAUCUCUGCGCUGACGAGAAGGGCACACCGCUGAUGGCGCCAGGCAUGCGCGACAUUAUUUACCGUGACUUUGACCGUGCCUUUGAGUUUUAA